AUGGAUCCAACGAGUGAGCUGAGAACAGCAUACACCAAAUUGGAGUUGGAAUACGCGAGAACAGUAGCAAGAAUACUCCGAGACAACGAGACGAACAUAGAGCGGAGCGAUACGAAGAAGAUGAAAUAUGAAAUACCAGGAAUAAGGGCCAUUUUGCCGUAUAUUCAGCCAGACCCUCGAACUAACUACCUGACUACGACUAAAACAAACCUGUUUACGAAGGAUGAUCCAAUACUGCGAUUCAUGCCAUAUAUAAGAACGAAUAAGCCUACAAACAUAAGUUGGUACGAUGGGACUGUGAUUGGAGAGCAGCCUCUUUCCAUGAAGGAUGUUGCAAAUAGGGCAUUUAUAGAGGAAUGUGGUGGAUCAGACGAUGCCUAUAGAUUUCUGAAGUUGCAUAAACCAAAAAUAGACGAAUCGAACAUGAAGCGGCUCUUCUGCAACACGUGUCUCCUCUUCAACUGUGGAAUCCACCACAUUCAGACGGGAGCCAUUCUCAAUCCAGACGAGGACGAAGGAUGCAUCUGCUUUGCAGACAGCAAAGAAGGACAGAAGGAGACAAAGGGCGUCUCUGAGCUGUUUGAAGAAUAUUCAGGAAGCAGAGUCUUCAGGCACCUGCUGUGUCUGAGUCUGAAGCCGUGUGUGACAAAGAGGCUGAUUGAGCUUCUAGUGCCAUUUACAAUCAACUGUAAUGAAAUUAAGGCGAAGAAGCUGCCUAUAAAAACAUAUGAGAAAAUGUACAAGGAAAUCGUGUUCAUGGAGUUCUUUACGCCUUGCAAACACGCUGGUUCAUGCACGAAGAAAAACUGCAGCUGCGCCAGAAACGACAUUCUGUGCGAGAUGAGCUGCUUCUGCACCUGUUGCAAGAACAUGAAGUACUGCAACUGCGUAGGCGGAUGCAGAGAAGACUGCAUAUGCACCGUAAACCAGAGAUUCUGUGACCCAGCCAUUUGCAGCUGCUGCUCUGGAACUGAGGCCUGUGGCAACUCGUAUACGACUGAACACAAGCAAAGUGUGGUUCAUAGCUCAGCCAUUCAUGGAUUUGGACUAUUUUGUGAAGAAGAUGUCAUAAAAAAGAAUGAGUUUGUGAUGGAACAUACAGGUGAAAUAGUAAGUGACAAGGAGGCAGAAAGAAGAGGAAACUUCUACGAGAUGAACAACCUGAGCUAUUUGUUCAACAUGGCCAACAGGGGAACAGACGUGAUGUGGUCGAUUGAUGCAUUCAUUUUGGGAAACAAGAGCAGAUACAUAAAUCACAGUAGUGAUGAUGCAAAUUUGAGGACGACCGUGAAGACACUCAGAGGCGUGACUAAGAUCGUAUUCUACGCCAAGAGAGACAUCUACAAGGGAGAGGAGUUCUUCUUCGACUACCAUUUCACAGAAGAAGCUCAGCGAAAACAUGGAAUGGUCGAUUAG